GUCUCAGCUUCUCGACUCCUCCUGCGUGGAGGAGGAGGCGGGGCUCGGUGCACCUCAGCAGACGGAGGGGUUAUUGUACUACUCAGUCUGUCAGUAUACUGCAUCCACUGAGGAGGAGGAGGAGGAGGAGGCGACGUGGGCCACGCAUUAACCCCUGAGCAGUAAACGUGCAGGGAGAGGGGUUUUCAGGACCGAUCUGCGACCAUCUCCGCAACGCCUCCUGGACCGGACCGCGUCGCUCUUUUGUGGCCGCCAGUCUGCGGGCUGCAGCAGCAACAACCCGGGGAGGACUCGCCUCGCUGAAGCCCGAUCGCUCGGCGGCGCAAGGGACGUGAUAUGAACCCGUCGUCGGCUUAAACGCCAGUGCAGAUAAAUAGCCCCGUUUUCAGGGGGGAGUUCACGCAGGACAUUUGUACCCAUUAACGGAAGGCCGACCGACACAAAUAAAAAAAUACCCACGGAACCUGUAGCGAUGCCCGGGUUUGAUUACAAGUUCCUGGAAAAGCCAAAGAGACGGUUCCAGUGUCCGCUCUGCAGCAAGGCGAUGCGGGAGCCGGUCCAAGUGUCUACCUGUGGACAUCGGUUCUGUGACACCUGUCUGCAAGAAUUUCUGAGUGAGGGUGUCUUCAAGUGUCCAGAGGACCAGCUACCGUUGGACUAUGCCAAGAUCUACCCGGACCCAGAGCUGGAGCUACAGAUCCUGGCCCUGCCCAUCCGCUGCAUCCACAGUGAGGAGGGCUGCCGUUGGACCGGCCAGAUGAAGCAGCUGCAGGGCCACUUCUCCACCUGCGCCUUCAAUGUGAUACCCUGCCCCAACCGCUGCUCCGUCAAGCUGACGCGCCGCGACUUGCCCGACCACCUGCAGCACGACUGCCCCAAGCGCAAGGUCAAGUGCGAGUUUUGUGGCAGCGAGUUCACCGGCGAAGCCUACGAGAACCACCAGGGUGUGUGUCCUCAGGAGAGUGUUUACUGUGAGAACAAGUGUGGGGCAAGGAUGAUGCGUCGUCUGCUGUCCCAACACGGCUUGGCCGAGUGUCCCAAACGCACACAGCCCUGCAAGUACUGCAGCAAGGAGUUCGUCUUCGACACAAUCCAGAACCAUCAGUACCACUGCCCUCGGUUUCCUGUCCAGUGCCCAAACCAGUGCGGCACACCCAACAUUGCUCGAGAGGAUCUGGCGAACCAUGUGAAGGACAACUGCGGCAGCGCGCUCGUUCUCUGCCCCUUCAAAGACGCUGGCUGCAAACACAGGUGCCCCAAACUGGCUAUCGGUCGUCACCUGGAAGACACCACUAAGUCUCACCUGACUAUGAUGUGUAACCUGGUGGGGCGUCAGAGGCAGGAGAUCCUGGAGCUGCGGAGGGAGAUGGAGGAGUUGUCCGUCAGUCACGACGGCGUUCUCAUCUGGAAGCUCAGCGACUACUCACGCAAACUCCAGGAGGCCAAACUCCGAAGCAAUCACGAGUUCUUCAGCCCGCCUUUCUACACUCACCGCUACGGCUACAAGCUGCAGGUGUCGGCCUUCCUGAAUGGUAACGGCAGCGGCGAGGGCUCCCACCUCUCCGUCUACAUCCGCGUGUUACCCGGAGAGUACGACAGUUUGCUGGAGUGGCCCUUCUCCUACAAGGUGACUUUCUCCAUCCUGGACCAGAGCGACCCGUCGCUUUCCAAACCCCAGCACAUCACGGAGACCUUCAACCCCGACCCCAACUGGAAGAACUUCCAGAAGCCCAGCAGCAGCCGCAACUCGCUGGACGAGAGCACCCUGGGCUUCGGCUACCCCAAGUUCAUCUCUCACGAGGAGAUCAAGAAGAGGAACUACAUCCGAGACAACUGCAUCUUCGUCAAGGCUUCUAUAGAGAUUCCCCAGAAGAUUAUGGCUUAAGAUCUGGCAUUUGUUGAAUUUUUUUUACGAGGGAGAUACAUAGGUUUAAGACUGGAACUGACACUUAACCUUGAAACUCCGACACACUUAUUACCCUUUAGAUACUUUCUGCCCUUAAAGCCUCUCCACCACAGAGCGAGUCUGUUUGGCUGUGUGAGCUGAAUCAAAAGGACCUUGAUACAUCACGGAGGAGAAAGUGUUUGGUCUGCAGAACCAUCACUCUCUGGUGUUUCUUUUUAUUAUUUUUUUGUUUUGUUUUAUCUGUUUGCUGACCUUUUAUCACAGUCUACAACAAAAAGCCUUGGAAAUCAAACAGUGCCUAGAGAGAUUAUCUUAAGUUAUAUUUUUGUUGUUAUUUCCACCGUAAAAAUGAUAACGAUUAUGGAGAAAAAGAACGGGGGUGAAGGGCUAAGCCUCUGCACUUGAAGAAGAGAGAAAGUUAGACUCUGGUUAGAGACGUCCUGUUGGGGUGAUCUAAAGAAGAGGGAGCUCAGCAGACUCAAGCUCAAGCCCAACUGCCUUUUGUUUACAUGCUCAUACAGUAUACUCCCACUGAUCCGUUAACAAACACAGAGCCCUUGGUAAGAAACUGCUCCAGGUUUGUGGACACAAAAACAUAAAAUCAAUGUUUUCAAGUGAGAAACUUGCAGCUUCAAUCUUGGUAGUUUUCAUGUUUUAUAUGAAUAGUUUUACAUUUUGGUUUUGUUAAUUGGGAUCAAUACUACUUUCAUAUCUGUACAACCAGCAGCCAAGUAGCUCAGCGUAGCGUAAAGUCUAGAAGAAACAGGCUGAAACAGCCAGCCUAGUUCUGUCCAAAGGGAGCAAAAUCCACCUAGCAGCACCUGUAAAGCUCCCUCAUCAGCCACGUUACGUCUCAUUUGUUGAAUUCAUACAAACAUUGGUGGUCAGAGCCAGAGUAGCCGUUUCCUCCUGAUCAGUCAUAAUGCUAAUCAACCAAGCUAUUUUUUAUUUUUUUUAUUUUAAGUGAACAAGUUUUUUACCUGACAACAUUGAAAUAAAUCUGUCUCCUCCAGCUACCUGCUCCCAUCACAGUAACUGUCUGUGACUUGUGUUUGUCAGUAGUGCGACCCGGUCGUAAAUAGCUUCUGGAGCGUGCUCAUGUACCAAACACAAACUUCAUAGAGACCCUACGAGGCUCCGUGUCGAUUGCGGAGUUCACUAAUACGGGAAAAAAGCACCUUUCGUCGGUCUUAAGAUGAGCAGAGUAGACAAAGAGGCCAGUUGUUGGACACGUGCAUUUAAUAGUGAAGAAAAAGCCAUGUGGCCUUUUUAUACAGUAUGUCUUUGCAUGAGGAUUUUAGGGGUGAGCAGGGCAACAUAACACAUGCAUGCUUCAUGUGCUACCACCUGGACCACAUUUUUGUACUGUAACCUGUAUUCUUGAAGUCCUCUCCCGUUGAUGGCUAUUUUGUCUCUUUUUUUUGUACCAUUUGAAAGUUGACAAAUUGUCGAAAAGUAUGUUUUUUUGUUGUUGUUCUUUUAUAUAAAGUAAAUGUGAACGCUGUCGGUAAUAACCUAUAAAGACAUGAACACUUGGCUGUGAAGUGUAUUGUUUUACAUCGCCUCUGCAUGGGUGGUCGGUACUAUUUGAAAAGAUGGCUAAUGGAAAGGUCUCUGCAAAUAAGUGGGUGUCUCGGGACUGACUACAGCUUUUGUUGUUACCAAGGUCACCGGUGUCUAUCUUCAGCUCGGCACACAAUGUUGUGAUGGGGAGCGGUUGGAGGAAUGUGCGAUGCACCUGUCUCCAUCACAGCGCCAUCAGAUGGGUGGAGGACUUUGAUGAUACAGUACACUCAUGACGUAUGUGAAUACUAAUGUGAACAUGCAGAAGCACAUUCUGUCUUUUGAUUAUACAUAAAAAAAACUCCUGAUUUAUUGUCAUAAUGCCAGCUGAUAUUUUACAGUGAUUUGAAAAGGUGAGAAGAUAACAACUUUUUUGGAAGAUUCUGUAUUUUUAAAAAUACUUAGCUGUUUUAUACAAACACUUUUUGUUGGAGAGUCGGGGUUGACUGGGAAUUUUCAGACCCUUUCGUCUCUUUGGACAUUUGGAUAAUUUGUUUGUACUUGUGGUUUGAGCCUCACAUAUUCUGUCUGUAUUAUUUCCUCUUAAAAGUAUUUAUUUUCAGGAGCCGUUGUGUGAGUUUGAACAGAUGGCACAAACGUUUUAAUAUGUUGAUCGAUGAGUGUCAAUUUCUUAGUUGAAAUAAAAUAUCAUAUAUUAUAGUUGUUUUACCUAUUUGUGUUUCAUACAGUGCAAACUCUAGUAAAAACAAAACAUUGCAUACUGUU